UCUCUCUCUCUCUCACAACACACACACACACACAGAGGCAGUAGUACGUCACACAUCGGGAAUGCAGUGAGGAUCUGCUGCUGCUAAAGGCCUCAGGAUCCGUCACAAAAUGAGACUGAAAGGAAGAGGAGAGUCACUGUAAAAGGAGCCUGCCAUGUCCGGCCCCACUUGGCUUCCACCGAGGACUCUGGAUAGCCCAGAGCGAGCCGUCCCCCAGAUGUCCCACUCUGCUGGGUCAGCGAUCUACCGAGCCCCCAACAAGAAGGGGAUGCCUGACUUCCGGCCGAAGUACGGCCCCUAUGACCAGAACGGAGGAGGAGGAGGAGGAGGGAUGGCCAACAGGUACAUGGCUACUGGACCCACAGGUGGGCCCAUUCAUCAUUCCUCUAACGAUCACUAUUACCCUCCUCCCCACGGGCCCAAAGAAGACCGCAACUGGAGCCCCCACAUGGACAGCUACGAGCUGAUGCACCGCGGUCCUGAAAAGCCGGUGAGCUAUCACUCUAAAAUCGAUGCUGAUAUUGACUCCCUCACCAGUAUGCUCGCUGACCUGGACAGCCACCCACAGGACUCCAGCACACAACUGUACGACAACGUGCCUUACAACAAAUACCUCUCAGGGGAUCAUUACAAGCCUGCGCACCAGAACGCAGCCCCUCCUCAGGGUCGGCCAUCCAUGGGCUACCCCCCUCAUCCCCAGAGCCAAUACCACCCAGCGCCCCCUUACCCCAGCGAGCACCAGUCACCUCAGUACGCCACCUCCCACCAGCAGGACUACUACUCCUCCUCUUCAGCCCCUAAACCGUACCCCCAGCCCGUCCCAGCCUCCUACACCACAGCCUCCACUCCCACUGGACCCAGGUUCAGUGUCCAGGUGAAGACAGCACAGCCUGUCACCUACUCUCAGACGGGGAGACAGGCUGAACAGGCCUACACCCCACCCCCUCCUCGCCAGCACAUGUCACGCCCACCUCCCCAGACUCAGACAAGUCAGCAGGGCUGGUACCCUCCACAUCAGGCUCAGGAGAUGCACUCCGAGGUGGGGUACAAGGGGAACAGCUCAGGGUCUGGAGGAAGAGGUAAUCAGGUUCCGCUGUCCAAGAGAGGGAUGGAGAAUAACCAGACAGGGUCCGGGGCUGCACAGAGUCCUGCUUAUCAGUCCAGCAAGGUACAUCAUCACACAGUUACACAUCCUUUUCAUUGCGCAGACCAAAGUCACUCCUGGGUCACAUUUCAGGUCUUCAGACACCUUCAAACGGACAGAACCUGCCCUUAA